AUGGAGUGGGAGGUCGACAAGAGAGAAAUGAAAGCCAUCGGAGCUGAGCUGCUACUGAACGGAUGGCGCGGAGUGAACCCGCUUGAGCUCGAAAGUUCGAUUGAAGGUCUUGCACUGCUCCAAAGAAAGUUGCAGGCAGUGGUAGCGGAAAAACUAAAACAAAGGCACAUGAUUCAGGAAAGAAAAGAAGUGUUGCAAAAACUGGGAGUAGCUCACAACCAAUUAUUGGAUCUGGAAGUAGCAGCUCACAACCAACCAGCAGCUCACAACCCACCAGCAGCUCACAACCAACCAAAGGGAAUACAAGCAGCUCACAGCAAAUUAAAGGGAGUAGCUUACAACCAACCAAAGGGAACAAAAGCAGCUCGUAGCCAUAAAAGAAAGGACAUAGCUCUGUAA